UCAACCUAUUGUGAUUUGGGUGCUUGAGCUCGAGGGCAGGUCCUUGGCCGUAUGUUGAGGCUUUGGCCUGCGUGGGCUGGCAAUUGCACUCGGAUAUGCGCACCUCUUUCUCGGAUCUCUCUGCGCGACCCUAAAAUCUCUCUCUCUCUCUCUCUCUCUCUCUCUCUAAAAGCACAUUCGCAAUACACCUUUCUCUCUCUCAUCCGUUUCGUUUCCGGCGAUUUUACUGCUCCGAGUUUGUUUCUCGCUCCAACUCUGUAGUCAAUUUGGGGGAGAGGGGAACUCUAAUCAUGGCUUCUAGAGCAAUUUUAAGGAAGAGGAGGUUUGUCUCCGAUUAUUUGAAUAUUUCUGCCUGCUCAAUUCAAUGUUUUCAAAGCCUGGGACUUGGGUUAUCUAGUCAGCAUGCAGAUUCUCAUGGUCCAAACUCUGCUGCAAAUCAUUCUUCUGGAGAUAUUGACCGCAUGAAGAAAGGGGAUACGAUUUUACCUAUAAAUGAAGAUUUACUGAACUUUUCGGCAUUGGGACUCUUUAGGCGUAAAUGCUAUGGGGAUAUGGUAUCUGGUUAUGUGACUGGGGGGUCACAAUUUUGUUCCCCAACAGGGAUGAGGUUAAAGCUACAAUCUGUACGUUAUGCGUCCACAGCAGCAGCAGGUCAACGUGAUGUGGAUGCUAAAAUUGACAGGGAUCAUGAUGGCAAAGUAACUCCUGAGAAGGCGGCAGCUGCAGCUAUGUACUUGAAGGGUACUUCGGGCAAGGAGGGGGUCCAAGAACUCAUUAGCAACCUUUCCAAAGCCAUAGGGUUCAAAGAGAUUGUAACAGAUUAUGUUCACCAAGAAAUAACGCGAAAUUGGAUCUUGGUCUGUUGGAGAUUGUACCUUUUAAUAGUCAUCAAAGAUGUUUUCUUGUCUCUCGUUUAAGUCUUAAUCUUGAGUGAGUACAUGAAUAGUAUAUUUGUCCAUGGCCGCAAACUUUAACAAUUUGGCCGUGAACUUGAACUCCAUGGCCGCCAACUAGAACCAUUUGAUGGCGAACUGAUAGGAACUGAUAUUCCACCAGUUUUUGCCUUGCACUUGUUCUUUAUUGUAGAGAAUUCACAUUGAAUUUCUUUCUGCUGCAGUUUAUAUAUAAGAUCUGGGUUUUAUGACUGGGAAA